UAACUGCUUUAUUAUAGACUGGUGGUAGAGAAGCCCACCAAAAUGGGGAAUGGCACAACUGUCCAGGAAUUCAUCCUGGAGGGGUUUCCUGCUGUCCAGCACCUGGGGGAAGUUCUCUUCUCAGUGCACCUGCUGGCAUACCUGGCCUCCAUUACAGGAAAUGCAGUCAUAGUCACCAUCACUUGUGUCAGUACCCGACUCCAGACACCCAUGUACUUUUUCCUCAGCAUUUUUUCUUUCUUUGAAUGUUGCUUCAUAAGUGCUGUUAUUCCUAAGUUGCUGGUUAUCUUUCUUUUAGGCAGGCAAACAAUUUCCUUUCCUGCCUGUUUUAUACAGGCCUUUGUCUUUGUAUUUCUGGGAGCCUCAGGUUUCCUUCUCAUAGCUGUGAUGUCCCUGGACCGGUAUGUGGCCGUUUGCAAACCUCUACAUUACACCACCAUCAUGAGCCUGAAGACUUGCUUUCUCCUUGUCACUGCCUGCAUUGUUACGGGCUUCACUCUCAUCACUGCUCUGGUGGUAAAGGUUUCCCAGCUGUCCUUCUGUGGUCCACGGGUCAUCCCUCACUUUUUCUGUGAUCUCGGCCCGCUGAUUCAUCUCUCCUGUUCUGAUAUCAGAUCUAUUGAAAUGCUGGCCUUUGGUCUGGCUUUGUUUAUCCUUUUCACAUCCCUCAUCAUAACCAUCAUUGCAUACAGCAACAUAGUGGUCACAAUUGUGCAUCUCCCAUCAGCCAAGGAGCGACAGAGAGCUUUCUCCACCUGCUCAUCUCAUCUCAUCGUCCUCUCUCUGAUGUAUGGCAGCUGUGUCUUCAUAUAUGUGAAACCAAAGCAAGCGAGCAGGCUGGACUCCAACAGAGAGGCUGCUCUUGUGAACACAGUGGUGACUCCGCUGCUGAACCCUGUCAUCUACACCCUGCGCAACAAGCAGGUCCACCAGGCUCUGAGGGAGACUAUAAGCAGAAUGAAAAUAUCAAAAUAAGAAGAAAAUCACAUGGCUUCUGAGUCAAGAAAGAAGAAAAAGAAGUUGGAAUUUGAAAAAAAAUGUACACAAAUCUGAAGUUCUGGAUGCUCUCUUAUAUAUUAGUCUUUGGCUUAUAUGUCUUCACAUACCACAGAAUGCAUAGUCACACAUAUGUUAUAUUUUAUCCUACAUUGUUAAAAUAGUAAAAUUAUCUUUAAUUUUGCUCAUGAUUUCCUCAGUUUCUUACUUUCAAAUGUUUUUGUUUAACUUCUUUUUUCCCUCAUUUGAUUUGCUAAACAGAU